AUGUAUGAAAAUGGUCCAUUUUUUGUUGCUUGGGCUGCUAAAUGGCAAAUGAAGGAAACUGAAGGGUGGUGCAUAGACUUAACGUACAGGACAUGCAAGUCAUUCAAUGGUCCCGAAAAGGACGGCUACUUGUUUAUUGUUGUUUGGCUAGCUUGGCUGAAAGAUAAUUUUAGCCUGGAGUUAAAAAGAAUAAUGGUCGGUUGCAGUCCUACGGAAGUUGCUGCAAUAAGAGAGGUCUUUUCUAAUGUGGACAUACUUUUAUGCUAUUGGCAUAUUAAGCGUGCGUGGAGAACCUACAACAAGAGAGUCUGUAAUGCUUAG